AUGUCUUUCUUUCUUUCUUUCUUUCUUUCUUUCUUUCUUUCUUUCUUUCUCGCAGUUUUUUCUUUUGUCUUUCUCGCCCUUUCUUUCUUUUUCUUUCUCGCUCUUUCAAUCUUUUUUCUUUCUUUUGUUACCUCCUGUUUUGAUUUUAUUACACAUUCCCCAAUCCCACAAUCCCAAUGUCCAAAACCGAUUUUCGACCACUCUAUAUCCUACUGUUCGACUGACCGGAAAUGGACAAUAAUCUCAGCAUGCAAUGCCCCACCUGGUCCCAGGUCACUGCCGACCACGCCCCGAACCGUUACCACAGAAAGCAGCAUCAAAGGAAACGAAAGGAAACAGCCUUAUGUUUUUUACCAUAGAUUAAUCGACCCUUUCCCCCCGACGCUGAUAGACAGUUCACCCCCACCUCCCGUGCCUCAAACAUCGACUUUUCUUUCUUCAUUCGUUUCCGGUGUCCACUACUCCCCUCCCCAACUACCUCAGAACAUAACCCACUCUGAUGGACAUGACAGACGGUUUUUUUUUAUAUUUGAUUCCCUUUGGUUAAUAUCGACAUUAAUCUAUUCAUAUCUAUCUAUCUAUCUAUCUAUCUAUCUAUCUAUCUAUCUAUCUAUCUAUCUCACUAUCUGUAUGUCUAUCUCAGUCUAUUCAUCUAUCUAUCUAUCUAUCUAUCUAUCUAUCUAUCUAUAUUAUCUGUUCAUAUCUAUCUAUCUAUCUAUCUAUCUAUCUAUCUAUCUAUCUAUCUAUCUAUCUAUCUAUCUAUCUAUCUGUACCAGUCUGUUAAUAUAUAUUUGUCUAUCUAUCGAUGGAUCUCAGUCUGUUCAUAUUUAUAUCUAUCUAUCUAUCUAUCUAGUUCAUAUUUCUCGCUCUCUAUUCAUCUGA